AUGUGCUCUCUGGUGAGCAGUGCUGCUGCACUUCUCUUGGCUUCCCUGUUGGCUUUGCUCUUUGGACUUUCUUCGGUCCUGGCUCAGGAUUUAAGAGAGAGGGAUGCACUAUGCAAUGCGGAUGGCUGCUUUGUGGUCUACUUCCAAGGUAAGACCUUCCUGGACUCGUGGAGGGCCUGCAAGGACAAAGGUGGCAACCUAGCAACCAUUAAACGCAGGGAAGAUGCCGCCACUAUUGCCACUCUCUUUUCCAAUCUGGACUUGCGCACCAGUGUCCGGGUUUGGAUUGGCCUGCAGCGCCAACCUCGCCAGUGUUCCAACACACGUCCAUUGCGGGGUUUCUCUUGGACUACUGGUGACCAGGACACCGAGUAUACCAACUGGCAGAAAGAGGACUCCCCUAGUAUGUGUUCAGUGCCACGCUGUGUGGUUAUGGGCUACAGCACUCAGGAGCAGAAUGAUAACUUCAAAUGGCUGGAUGGUUCCUGCUCAGUUUCUGUAGAUGGGUAUCUAUGCCAUUAUGCCUAUAAAGGAAUGUGUCCAGCCUUGUGGAGUGAAGGGGCAGGCAAUGCCCUCUACACUACACCAUUUAACCUUCUAAGUACACUGUUGACCCAUUUACCCUUUGGAUCUGUUGCUGCCCUUCCCUGCCCUGCAGGCACCAAGGACGAACAGUCGGUUUUGUGUGUGCUAAAGGACGAUGGCUCAGUGGCGUGGUCAAGAGAUUCCCCCCUCUGCUCCGAUCCCCCUACAUCAAAAAACUGGUGUGAUCAGAAUAAUGGCGGAUGUGAGCACUUUUGCAGGCCGGCUGGCGCUCACAUUGACUGUGAGUGUGCUGAUGGGUAUCAACUAGGAGAGAAUGGGAAAAACUGUGAGUUGUCUGACGUUUGUCAAAGGGCCAACUGCGAAUUUGAGUGCCUGCCCCUCUCAGGUGGGUACCGUUGUGCCUGCCCUGAAGGAUACAUGCUUGCACCAGAUGAACGUGGCUGUCUGGAUGUAGACGAGUGCCUCCAGAGUCCCUGUGAGCAGCUUUGUGUGAAUGCUCCAGGGACAUUUGAAUGUCGAUGUCGGGAGGGUUACCAUCCGGAUGAUGAGGUGCCUGAGGACCCUAGCCAAUGCCAAGACACCGACGAGUGCCAGAUCCCCGGAACCUGCGAGAAGAUGUGUGUGAAUUAUGAAGGGGGAUUUGAGUGCUACUGUGAGGAAGGCUAUGAACUCAUGUCUGAUCACUAUUCAUGUCGCAAGAGAGGGGAAGGAGAUGACCAAUCUGCUGUCACCCCUCCUUUUGCUUGGGUCACCCACCAGCCUGGACGUGUUUGGGACCCUGUGGACUAUAACUGGAACCCACAGCAGAGCCACACUGACUGGCUGACUGACCCACCCAGAGUUUUGGAUCCUGACGUCAUUUGGGUCACUAGUGCCCCUCAGGAGGAGCUGCCCUUUGAUUCAGCACUGGACCCUCUGACACAAGAGGCUGAGAAAUAUGAGGAAGACAUUGAAAAUGCAGGAGCUGACUGGUUGCAUUGGGGGCAUAGAUCUGAGUCUGACCUGGAAGUUUUACCCACCACCAUCUACACCACGUCUCCACCCACCACCAUCUACACCACGUCUCCACCCACCACCAGCUACAGCACUAUCCCGGACUGGUACGAAGAUGACGACGAGGAUGAGGAGGAGACUACCACAGCUUUCCCCUUCCUUUCCUCUUCGACAGUCUCUGAGGGAGCUUGGAAUUGGUGGGCGGGGUCCACCACUUCAAUCCAGAAACCAGGAAAUCCAGAGGAUUCAGUCAUAGACCUCAACAUGCCUACAGAUUCCAGCUAUCCCACCGAAGCAGAAAAAGAACACUACACCCUUAGGGAAAACUCUCAGUUUCCAAAGGAGGAGUUAGGGGAAGAGGAAAAUGACUUUGUGAAUGUCACACACCAAGACCCAGCUUUUCCCACACAGCCUACUCCUUCUCAGCCAUCCCCGAGCGAGGGUAGAGAGAUCAAUGACAUCCCGGAUUUUGUCCAGGAAGACAGGGGGCAGAGCAGCACUUGGCUUCUGGUGGGCCUCCUUGUGCCCAUCUGCAUCUUCAUUGUAGUAAUGGUGGCACUGGGCAUUGUCUACUGCACUCGCUGUGCUGUUCAUUCUCGCAACAAGAAUGCCACUGACUGCUACCACUGGAUCUCUGGGGCUCAUGAUAAACAGGGAGCUCCUAACCCCUCAGCAGGGGUCAAGACCCAUGUUUAAACAGAGAGGAGAGAAACUGACAUUUACAUAAACAGACCCUGCUUCAGAGGUAAGCAGGAGUGAAUAAUGGACCUGGUAAGGGGCACAUUAAAUGUUUUUUCCUCUCUGACUGUGGAACUGCGCACUCUUUGAACACGUGGACACUGUAAACAAAGUAUCAAUUGAUAGAAGGGACAUUGAUAACCACUGUCAUAUUUGGGGAUGGGGUUGCUAUGUGGUAUAAACUGCUUUGAUAUUUCUUACACUGACCACACAAAACAAGAUCUGAUUGCUUCAUAAUUGCACUAGGCUACAUUAUUAUGAACUAUUAGUGUCUUCAUUUGUAGUCUGCUAAAAUCACAGAGUAAUGUAUAUAGUCAUUUAUUCCUUUCAACAUUUAACAGCUGCAGCCAGAUCCAAUUUAUGGCAAAACCAUUCUGCUUUAUUGCGGUAGCAAAACUUUACUAUGAGGUUUCUUCCAUGCAACAUCUUCAGGCUCAGUUCAUUUCAAUUGCAUAUCACUGAAUAUAACUGCUACUAUCAACUGUGUCAAAGGGGGUUUAGAUGCCUCACAUCAGCAGUGGGUGAAAGAAGACUAUUAGCAAAUAUCCCCUCAAGAGUAAAGACAUUCUGCAGUCACACGAUAGUGCUGGGAAAGCAGUCACUGUGUUGAAUGUUUGAUAAGAGACCAAAACCUUAUUUGUAUAUAGUGGUUUUUUUUGUAUUUAUGUUUGUUUUAUACUUGUCACCUGCCGCUUUAUUAAGAAAAUGUAAAACAAAUUAAUAAUUCUAUGACAUUUUUUAAUGGACGCCAUAAAACUGGUUAUAUGGAAUGUCUGUCUACACAUGGGAGUGUUUUUCCCCCACUCGUGUCCAGUUUAAGAGCACUUCUCUUCCUUUUUUAAAAAAAGAGGUGAGCAAGCAGAUGUUCACGGGGAACACUGUAGGGGCUGGUGGUUGACAUUAGCCUUGCUCAUGACAUGGCCAUCGGUCACCCUUCGUAACCCUGACGGAUUAGUACAGCCUCUGAGGUUUUGUCUUUACCAGCCCUGAAAUGUUGCAUGGCCGUGUUGGAUCACAUCCAGCUGUAUGACACUGCAGUCAGUGCAACACCUUGCAGUUGCGUGUGCAACAUCAGAUUUUUUACAAUUUAAAACGACAAUCAUAUCUCAGAUUCCAAAAUUAUUAAUAACAUGAAGGAAGAAAGGGACAUUGAAUUCUUUGGUGAAGUGCUCAUUGGAUAUUAGGGUGUAUGAAUCUUAUAGAUCAAAGAAAAAACAAAUAAAGAAAACAAGGCACUUGCAAGUUAAAUCACCUUUAGUGUAAUGGGUAAAUUACAAUUUAAUGCAUGAUGAAACAAAGUGGCAUUCCAAAAUGUACACAAGAACCAUUUGUCUUUGUUUUAUUGAUAGACUGGGAAAUAUGAGAAACGUCUGAUGUCUUU